AUGCCACCCUCCCGCUCCAGCGUGACGAGCGACAGCCACGAGCGCCUCGAACCACGGCUCCUACGCGCAGCAGAAUCAAACGAUAUCGACUCUCUCAAAAAUAUAAUAACCCUCGCCCAAGAGUACAACCAACUAACCGACAACUUCCUCCGCAUCGGGCUAAUGCGCAGCGCCGAACGAGGAUGCAUCGCCGCAACAGAAUACCUCCUCACCCAAGGCGCGAAAACAGACGUCCCCUCCAACCGAGCCUCACCCCUCCUCCGUGCUGUAGAGCGCGACCACUACGAAAUCGUCCGUCUCCUCCUUGACCACGGCGCGAGUCCUGACUCCGCCGAUAAAGAGGGCCGCACAGCCCUCAUGACCGCAGCAUGGAAGAACCACGCCGACAUCCUGCAUUUGCUCAUUAUGCGCGGGGCAGAUAUGAACAAGCACGAUUUGCGCCGAAGGAAUGUGUUGCAUAACCUCGCUGCUGAUAAGUCUUGCCGAUGGGGGUGGGGGGAUGAGAUUGUCAAAUUGUUAUUGAGAACAAAGUGUCUUGUUGAUGGGGAUGAGGGGAAGGAUGAACUUGGGCGUACGCCGCUGCAUUGGGCUUGUGCAACGGGGAAUUGGAGGUUGGCGGAGCUGUUGCUGACGAGGACUAUUGAGAGGGACGGGGAGGAGGUCCAGAUGCCCGCAGAGAUCGAUGCAGUUGAGCUGCGUGGUAAGACGGCGUUGCAUAUUGCUACGGCUCAUGACCGUGCGGAUAUCGUGCUGCUGCUGCUCGCGCACAAGGCUGCUGUUAAUGCUACUAGUGAUGGUGGUUGGACGCCGCUUCAUAAUGCCUGUGAUAAUGGGUGUGAGGAGAUUGUACGCAUUUUGAUCAGCGAAGGUGCGCAUAUCAAUGCUCAGCUUUUAAAUGGAAUUACGCCGCUGCAUCUUGCUGCGCAGGGGGGCCACCGCGAGGUUGUGCGGUGUCUUCUCGAGAGGCCGGAUCUGAAACGCCGUGUUAGGGAUAAUUUUGGCAGUACACCGUUUCUGCGCGCGGCGCAGUUCAAGCGAAAGGAUAUUGUGUUGUUGCUUGCGCCGUUUAACAAUGUCGAGAGUCUGUCCGAUGAUGUCAAGGAGGCUUGUGCGGCAUUCGAUGCUACUGUUGUUGAUUUUGGAAACUUUCAUAAUGAGAAUCGGGUUAAGCGCAUGUCAGUGUUUAAUUUGCUUUAUGGGAGAGACCAGGAGAAUCCUAGAAAACAGGCUGUUACCACUGUGCCAGCUGAUAGUCGCGCAACUGAUUUCCGGUGGAUUCACCUACCGGCGAAUAAUAUGGCGUGGGUGGAAGCUCUGCUUACCAAGUCUUUUAUCGAGGAGGGGGCUCACGAUGUUGAUGGGUUCAAGGGGCUGGAGAAGUCUUUCAAUUAUCAGCAUCGGGGUCAAAGAACUCACUCGCACUUUAUGCGGCCGUUGUGUCAGAAUACACCCCGGACGAUGCUGCGGCGAUAUGAGGAGGAGAGUUCCGAGGAGCCUGUAUCUGAUCAUGCACAGGCGAAGGCCACAGAUAGCGGUGCCCGCAAGCAAAAAAGCACAAGUGGCAAGCCUGAAAAGGUGGAUUCUUAUUUCCCCGAUGAAGGGGCAGGGCCACAUGGGAAAAAGGGUAAAACCAACCCAAAGCGUGGCAAGUCGGGCAGCGCACCGGGAACUCCCAAGCCGCAGGAGACGAAAGGGAAGUCACCGUGGGGCCAGGGCGAGAAGCAGGCGAGGUCAUCAACCCUACCUUCAUCAACCCUUUGUAAAGAUCCUCACCCUCUGGUUUCUGCAUGUAAUGUCUGCGUAUUCAUGCCAUAUUUACACUUUGAGACCACAGAGCGCAGACAAAGGAUGCAGGAUGCAAUCUCACGAGCAGAAACGCUUGAUCUUGCACCCAAUGGGAUAAAGAGAUUGCGCACAAGAGACGUAUUGCUCAUCGACGCUCAUCUAUCAUCCUCAACAACCUCCCUCCAUGUCCGUCGAACACUGGACCAGUUUUUCUACCCAAACAUCGAUACCAAGAGCCGUGACCAGGAUCAAGUGGUGUACCGGUACCAGACCAAAAGUCCAGGAAUGGAGUCAGACCCCAAGAUAUUCAUGGUGGAUCAACUAUGGAUGUGGGUUCUAGGUACAAAUCUGAUUGUAACAGCCUUCCCACAGAGAUGGGAUCAACCUAAGAAUGACCCGCUCAACGUGCUGGAUGGGAUUAUCGAGGAUAUCAAUUCUAAAACCCGAGACCCUGUUAAAUCUGUCUAUGAUCUAGCCAUGAUAAUCACCAAUCGAUGCUCGGGAGUCUUUGAUCGACACCGCUUGGGCGAUGAGGAGUACCAAUUCCUAGAUAUGUUCGAGUCAUCCAUUGGUAUAGCUACGGACAAAGAAACCGUGCUCUUUAACCAAUUCAACCACGCCUCCGGACAGGCAUCAGACUGGCUGAAAAGCCACCGGAAGCUGAACGGCUCCUACAGCUCCUCACCAAAGUCAGGCAAUGGAACAACCGACAACGAUCAAAGCAGUAACUACUGCGACGAGGACGGGCAGCCACUAUUCGUCGACCGGCUCCUGGAUAUCGGACAGGAAACUAAUCUCCUAGCCGAGAUAAAGGACAUCCGAGACGAGCUGAACAUGAUCCGGACGGUGCUGGAGUACCAGAAUAACGUACUGCUUGAUUUCCAGGAUGUCAUCUGUGAGACCUAUCAAGGCCAGCACCGGUCUCAAUUCGAGGUCAAAAAACGGUUCAAAGACCAGCAGCGCAUGAUCGACAUGCAUCUGAAGGAUAUUGACCGCAUGGAUAAACAGGCUGAGCGAAUCUACCACUCCAUCACGGACCUGCUCGAUCUCAAGCAGAAACACGCCAAUGCGUUUGAAGCACGUUUUGCCCGUGACCAGGCAGCCGGUACAGCCCGUCAGGGAAAGACAAUCAUGGUCUUCACUAUUGUUACUAUUAUUUUCCUGCCGUUAUCGUUUAUCGCUUCUGUCUUCACGAUCAACCUGAAGCAAUUCGAAAACUUGAGUCUUGGUUAUGUGGCAAAGUAUACUUUUGGUAUCGGCUUUGCAAUCUCCAUCCCACUUAUCUGGGUUGCUCUCACUGUUGAUGAUAUUGGUGGUUUCUUCCGCGUGGGUAGCCGACGCUGGCGAUCUAACCGGGAGAAGAUGCUUGCAAAGGGUGAACAGGGCGAGGACACGUUCCAGACUUUAGAAAUGGAGAAAAUUAUAAGUUUGUCGCGCAUGCGGAGGAGCAUCGACGUUGGAUAUAGUGGCACUCUGCUACCUGUUUCUACACGCGGCACUGAGGCGUCGAGGCGGCCUAAUCUAUACGUCAGUGAAUUAGGCAAUGGCACUGUGCGAACAAGUUACGAUCUGCGGUUUAGUCAGGAUUACAGAUCACGAUGA